AUACCGCUACUGAAGGAGGACGGUUGUUGGGCUUUGGCUCGGUGCUCUUGGACGCCCAUCCACGGCGCCUUCCUGACUGCAGGGGCUGCUUCUCCCGUGCCUGUUGUACCUGAUACUGGACUUCGUUUUCUUCCACCGUGGACAGGCCAAGACCUCAGAGAGGUGAGGCAGUACGAUUGGAGAACUCUCCAGAGAGAAGGGGGGAAGAGGGAAGAGGUUGUCCGUUCUGGAAGGAACUCAAGGAGCCAAAUGAAAAAGACAAUGACUUGCCAGGCUCUGGAGAAGAACACAAAGGAUGAAGGCAUAUUCCCAGAGCCCAAGGGGUCAGAGUGUCAACUCCCAGCACCCUGGGACUUCCUGGGCUCCUCCGCCACUGAUCAGGACGCCCCAGCCCCCCAAGCCAACUGGAAUCUCAAAGGGAAACUGGGGAAGCUUGGGAUUUCUGAAAAACUCCUGCGUAUGACGAUUCUCGGGGGAGACUUGGGGCAGAAGCGCAGUCAGCUCUUCUGGGGUCUCCCCUCCUUGCACAGCGAGUCCAUUGUGGCCACGCUCCUGGUGCUGCCCCUCAACAGCUACCCCCUCGAGCCUCACCUUGUGCUCUUCAACGGGGUCUGUAGAGCCGUCGCGGCCCCAGGGUUGGGCCAUGGCUCUGCCGCCCUUCCCCAGCCCCACACCUUACCCCUCAGCUUCGCGGGGCCUCAGCCUUUUCCCCGCGGCGCAAGGCCGCAGCCGCAGACUCUCCCUUUCCCCCGGGCCCACGUGCGGUGUCCACCCUCUCCCAUGCGGUCGCCGCCUCUACCCCGUGGACGCACUUUCCAAAGGCCGCACACCAGGACCGUCUCUGGAGUCUUAGGUGGAAACGAGCACCUUCAGGGCUACUUGUUGCAGAAUCAUCAGGAUAGUUUGUGGAGUCUGGUCCCUGAAUGGCAACAAUAUGGAACUCCCUUUGGCCUUCUGGUUCCCAGCUUGCCCCUGGUCAGCCAGCCUUCACGGAACUAUGUCUCCACCCCCAGGACUGGCCAUUUUCAUUUCGGCAGUGAGCUUCAGGACAACCUGGAGCCCUAUGGACCAAACAACCCCAUCCCACCCUGGUGCUACCACCAGGCCUCCGGUAGGACAGGAGUCCUGGAAGUGAUGGUCCCUCGGUUCAAACCAACAGAAACAUCUCCCCACAGCUGCAAAUGCACCCGCCCUCAACGCACCGUACACUGGGACCAGAGCUGCAGCGACCUUAGGACUGCAGAACCGCGUCGCUCGGGAAGUUUCUGUGAGAGGGCCUCGGUGAAGCCUCAGCUGAAUAAGGAUGUAGCCCAGAAUCUCGGCCAAAUCCUAGGGAAAUGCCCGUUUGGCAGCCCACAGAUGAUCUCAGGAUGUUACGUACUGAAGGGUCUCAGGGUUGUACCCGAGACAGAGAUAAAAUGGGCAUGCCCCUCGGGGGUUGGCUUGGAAAAUGAGCAAGACGGCAUCUCAAGGAAGAGCUUGGACCAAAGGCAAACAAGAAGCAUUCUUAGGUUGCAUGUGAGCAGGAAGCUCUGGCAGAUCACGAUGGGUCGGAUCCCAAUCAAGGUCUGCUGCUCAUGGCUCGCCGAGGAUGAGAUGCUGAAGAACUCGCCAACAGGAAGCACUCACUGCGACACUUCUGUCCCUGCGAUACCUUUUCUUGAUCACAAGACACAGAAGAUGCUGGAAGCCCAUCUCAUAAGGUACCGGGUGAGCCAGAAGUGGGGCCCCCCCAUCAAAGUUAUUGAAUCCAUAAAAUUCUAUAUGUCGAGAGAAGCUAAAACGUGGCCCCUUCCUCAGCCUGACCACCCCUUAUCUUCUGGGAUAGAUUUGAAACGUAGUUUCCCCCGUCCCCUCGGAGAAAACUCUAAGCUUUCUCGUAAAGACAAUAUGGAAACAGCAGAUGUAGAUUCCAUCAUAGAUCACCUACCCCUCACCAUCUCACAUGCUGAUGGGGAAGGAGAGGGGCCCCUGGGGAAAUCCCACCCUGGCAAUGGUUAUGAGGUCACAGAGACGACCCAGGCAACCGAGGGUGACAGGCUCAGCAGCGAUGACAACACCAGCCAGUAUGACGCUGAGCUACAAAUUAGACCCUGGCAGGAGCAGCCCAUAAAAGAGCUAGUGGCUGAAUCCAAGUCGCAGAAUGAGGUGGCAAGUCCUUCUCGCCUGGCUGUCACCGGAGGCAGAGAGAUUGUGGGAAAGCACCCCGCACCCGUGCUGAUAGCACCCGACACGCUCCUCGGGGCUCGGGAUGUAAGCGUCGUCCUGUCAGGGUUGGGUCCCGGCUGCAACUGGGAAGGCCCCGUGAGGCAGAGUGAAGUCGGGAGUGAGCCAGCCUCUGCUGCAGCCACACCACACAACCCCUCAAGGGUGUCGCUUCCCCAAGAGCAGGCAGUGUUGGACUUUAAGAAGCAGCUGUUUAACGAGCUGAAGCUGAAGCUGGAGCAGCAGUCACAGAGUCAGGCCGAAGGCUAUGAGAGCGACGUGUCCUUUGCCUCCGACAGCGUGGCUGGUUUCUCGCUGUCGUCUUCCAACAGCGCGUCCAGUACGGACGUCUCCGUUUUCAGGGACUUCCAUCCCCAUCUGUGCAACACAGGGACCGGUUUGGAUCCAUGGCCCGGAGUCUUGGGGCAUAACGCAGGGAGCUUAGCACCGGCUGAGAAAAGACCGGCCUCACCAGACAACGGUAAAAGUGAGACCCCAAAGUCAGAGAAGAGGAGCCAACCUGUUGCAGGAAAGUCAGACAAGAAGUCACACCCUCCGGAGAGUUACUUCAGGAGAAAGAUAGGACAGCUUUUUCAGUGGCUUUAUUCCCGCAAGGACAACACAAGACGCAGAACCGAGAAAGACAGGGCUCUCUUUAUGAGCUGUGGGCCUCCCGAAGCCCAUGAGCUCAUGGCGACCCUUGGGAAGCUCCUGGAGGAUAAACUGUUGUGUAGGCAGAGAUCGGGGUUCUUGGAGUGGAGCCAGAAGAACUGCCUACAGGCUCAGCCAGAGCCCACCAACAGACAACCUUCCAACCAGGGGGCCUCCUAUGCCCAACAUGGAGGAGGAAAACCUAAUUGUUACCGUCCCCAGACAGCCAUCGCUCCUGGUCCUGGGCAGAGACAUCAUGUAUCGUUUGGGCAGCAGCCCCAAUUCUGGAGUUAUUUCCCUUCCUGUGAGUCCAGGGAUCUCUAGUCCCAUUCAAACCCUAUUUUCAUGAAGGCGUGUCAUGUGACUCCCACUGCCCUCGCAUCUGCUAAAGCUACCGUUAUGAGACCUGACUCUUCUACAGAACAUGUUUCUGUUUAUGUGAAGGAAACGUUUCCAACUUUCCAGUCCUUGUUUAAGAAAAUUAAAAUAUUUUCAGAGCAAUACACCCUGCAAUUAGAAUAAAUGUUUCUUCUGAGA